AUGCAGCUGGCUAAGUUAUAUUUAGUGCCACAGGGUCUCAAUAGUAAAAGUUAGCCUUGGCCCAGCCCAUCACAAACUUUUCCAAAGUUUGGUUUUAAAAACUAGCUAGAAAAUGUGCCUCUGCCUGGCUUGGGCGCCUGUAGAGCAUCUUACCAUCUCUUCUCCGAUUACUAAAAGGCAAUAUUAGCCAAUGUUCGUCAUCAUCAUUGCUGCCUAGGUUAUUGUGAUUGAUUGCUUUGAUCUGUCACGUUGAUAACAUUUUGAUGCAGUUGUCCCAUGUGACUUAGAAGCUUAAAAUCUUGUUUGUUCCAUACCCUUUGUUUCUUCAGUUGGAAUUAUUUGGAUCAACCUUAUACCCCAUACUUGCGCCACUGUGACAUGGCUAACAAUCUGAAAGAUCGGCCUUUGCAGGACUGUGGAACGUAUUUUAGAUUUUAAGUUCUUCAAUAGUUUGAUUCUUUGGUCCAUUUGGCUUGACCUUUCCCUGACAAUUGAUCGCGUUUUUCCUUGAUUGGCAAACGUGUUGAAGUGAAAUAAAGUGAAAAUACGUGCUUCUCUUAAAAUCUCUGUACUUUUUUUUUAUUAUUCCCCAGCAUCACAGCAGUACACUCGUGGACGCACAAACUAUGACCUUUUUGGUGACAAAAAGCCUGGUGAUGAACAAUUUAGAAAGGCGUGGGAGACACAGAUGGAUGAGAAGGCCCACUUAUGGUCAGGAAGUGAUGAAGAUGAAGAUGAUGCCAAUCAAGUGAAUGACACCAAUAUAAGAAAGGAACUGAGAAAGGUGAGGAAGGAGGCAGAGGAAAAUGCUAACCUUAUCGAUGCUGAUGAUAGCGACGAAUUAAGGAGUGUUUGGUCGGGAAGUGACGAGGAGAAGUCUUUGUGGACGGGCAGUGAAGGUGACGAUGACGAUGACAUUCCUACUGAGGCCCACCCAAAUGAACGCAGUGAUCCAUACAUCGACAAGGUAUUCGAAUUUGAGGACAUGCCCAAAUACAGAACAAUCUCAGAGUUGUUGAAAGCUGAGAAGGAAGGAGAAGAGUUGUCACCGGGGAAGCAAGCAAGAAAGCUUGCUGUAGAAAACGCCCUGAAGAAGCUGAAGAAAGGACCAGACGGGCGCUACACAAAUGUUUGGGAGGUCAUGAGUGACACAGACAUUUUAAUUGGUGCUUUUGAGAACAUUGUUUCUGGGCCGGAGUACAAAGAGCUGAGGGAAGGGGGCCCAAAGAGGCUGAACAUGCAGUUUUUUAAGGACAUACAAGCCCGCAUGAGAGACCCCAACUUCCAGUUCUCACCAGAGUUGAAGCUGAGACCAAAGCGGAAACUAGUUUCAAGAAAGAAGUAUCAGAAAGCUCAAUCCAGAAGGAGAAAAGCCGAGAGACGCUAA